UUUUUUUUUAUUAUUUAGUUUUUUUUUAUUAAAUAAUAUGUCUUCUGGAUUUGGUACUCGUGCUGUUCACGCUGCUCAACGCCCUGACCCUACUACAGGUGCUGUUAUUCCCGCUCUUUCUCUUUCAACUACAUAUAAGCAAUCUGCUGCCGGUGUUCAUACUGGUUUCGAAUACUCAAGAUCCGGUAAUCCUAACCGUAACAAUUUUGAAGAAGCUGUAGCUGCUCUUGAAGGCGGAUCACAUUUAAUUUCUGUAAAUGAUGUGUAUGGUGGUACUUAUCGUUAUUUCACCAAGGUUGCUGCUCAUAUUGGUAUUGAAACUACCUUUGUUAACUUGAGUGACCCUGCUAAUAUUGAAUCUUACUUCAAACCUAACACUAAAUUGGUUUGGAUUGAGACACCUACUAAUCCUACUCUUCGUGUCAUUGAUAUUAAGGCCAUCGCUGAACGUACUCAUGCUCACGGUGCCAUCUUGGUCGUCGAUAAUACUUUCAUGUCUCCUUAUUUCCAAAACCCUCUUUCAUUAGGUGCUGAUAUCGUUGUUCAUUCUGUUACAAAGUAUAUUAAUGGUCACUCUGACGUCGUGAUGGGUGUUGCUGUUACCUCUAAUGAAGAAUGGUAUAAUAAGCUUGCCUUUAUGCAAAACUCUCUUGGUGCCGUUCCCUCUGCCUUUGAUUGUUAUAUGGCCCGUCGUGGUUUAAUGACAUUGGAAGUGCGUAUGCAAAGACAUGCCGCAAAUGCCCAAGCAAUUGCUGAAUAUUUGCAAACCAAUAAACAUGUUGAAGAGGUCAUCUAUCCUGGUCUCCCUAGUCAUCCUAAUCAUGAAUUGGCCAAGAAGCAACAAAGAGGCUUUGGUGGUAUGAUCUCCUUCCGUCUUAAAGGUAGCUUGGAUAAUGUAAACAAAUUUUUGGGUAAACUCGAGUAUAUCACUUUGGCUGAAUCUUUGGGUGGUGUCGAAUCCCUUAUUGAAGUACCUGCUAUCAUGACUCACGGCUCUGUUAGUCCCGAAGAUCGUGCUAUCUUGGGUAUUACUGAUACCUUAGUUCGUGUCUCUGUUGGUAUUGAGAACCAAGAAGAUUUGAUUGCUGAUCUUAAGCAAGCCUUGGAUGCCGCUUAUUAAAUUAUUAUUUUAUUUUAUUUUAUUUUUGUUUUAAUGCAUUCAGACUUGGGGGAAAGUUUUUUUUUUAUUUUCUUAGAGUUUUUAAUUCAUUUACUUAUUCCCUUUUCUAUCAUUAUAAAUUCUCUAAUCAUCUCAUAACCU